GCUGAGUCUGACACCGGAAGCUCGUCACCGCGAGGAACAGAGAAGAAGAAAGCGGAAAUAAGCAAUCGUUGUUCAACCGCUGUGUUUUGGUUAAAAAAAAGCUCUAAUCAUGGCGAUGCAAGCAGCAAAACGCGCCAAUAUAAGAUUACCUCCCGAGGUGAACAGGAUCCUGUACGUGAGGAAUCUCCCCUACAAGAUCACAGCAGAGGAGAUGUACGACAUCUUCGGCAAAUACGGACCGAUACGUCAAAUCAGAACUGGGAACACACCUGAAAGCAGAGGGACGGCCUACGUUGUGUAUGAAGACAUCUUCGAUGCCAAGAAUGCCUGCGACCACCUGUCAGGUUUCAACGUCUGCAACCGGUACCUGGUGGUUCUCUACUACAACGCAAACAGAGCUUUCCAGAAAAUGGACACAAAGAAAAAAGAGGAACAGCUGAAGCUUUUGAAAGAGAAAUAUGGUAUCAACACGGACCCUCCCAAAUAGAGCCCCCGAGGCUCAAGUCUACCCAGUUUCACUCACAUGACCUUUCAUUUCUUUUUACCUGUAAGAACUUCUCGUGCUGUUUACUUGCUCAUAAGUUACCAACACGAUUUUUAAUUUUUUUUCCGAUAUGAAUGAUUUUUUUCUUUUCUUUCUGAAACUUUUUGUCAGGAGUUAUGUAUGACCCUUCUGGUUAGUUUCCCUGUCGGUGCGGGGGGGGCCGUUGGGUGUGCAGUUCAUAUUUGUUUAUGUCAACUCAAAAACGACCAGAUUUACAAUAGUCGCAUGAUGAUAAUCAUCACUGUGUCAA